CCAGAUCUGAAGUCUAUUUUUUUUUAGACAUUUUCCAGUAAAAUUGCAUUUUAUUUUGGUAGUGGAUAGCCCUUUGGUGCUUUGGUAGUUUCCCGGAAAACAGUGUAGUACUUGGUGGGAUUUGACAGUCUGACUUCUGCGCUGCAGCUGCAGCUGCUGCUGGUCGUUGUCAUCAUGCAGGUGGAAUCUGCGCAGUGAGCUCCAGCAUGAGGACCAGAAAGGACCCGCCGCCUCACUGACUGAGGAGUGGGUGCGCCGAGUGCGCUCUCAGGACGCAGAGGGGAGACACUGAAUCAACAUGGAUUUGGACUCUGUCAGCAGGUUUCAUCAGAUGAAGCUUACAGUCAUCAGCUUCUGGAUUCUGGCAGAGCAAGAAUGAAGCAGAAUGUAGAUCUGCUGGGAUAGUUGUUAUCACAGCCACAGUGAGGUCUUUUUCUCUCUUUGCGCAGUCCAAUUCGGUGGGAGUCGCGUCUAGGAUGCAAUACAACCUUGUAGGAAGGAACCGUCGCAGUUUGACAGGAAACCAAACCACAGCGACGUGAACAUUCCUCCUCCUCACACCAGGACCAUGGAUGAAAGCGCUGCCAGCGAAAGCAUCCCGGAUCUGAAAGAUAUAGAGAUGAAAAUUGGACGGAAGACACCGGAGGGGUUGCUCAGAUGGAUGCGGGGAGACAAGAUCGCGCAAGACCCCGUGAAGGAGACGGGGAGGAAGAGUCUGGACGAAAAGAUCAGGAGGCUGAAGGUGGAAAUGGCUCACUUACGCUCAGUGGAUGUGAAGAUUCUGCAGCAGUUACUGGCCGUUCAUGAGGGCAUCGAGGCGGUCAAAUGGUUGAUGGAGGAGCGCAGCACCCUAACCAGCCACUGCAGCAGCCUGACCAGCAGCCAGUACAGCCUGGGCGAGGGUCCUGACACCUCAUGGAGGGGUUCCUGGAGCAGCCUGCAGGACCCCACCAUUGACAAGCUUGACAACAUCUCCAUUGGCAGCUACCUGGACACCCUGGCAGAUGAAAUGGACGAGUAUUGCCCUUCCAGCUCUGAAUCUGUCAUCUGCUCCACUACACCACUAGUCUCAGAAAAUACUGCAGGGAGUUCUGUGAGAGGAGGGUCUGAGGUCAAAAUGAAUGGAGUUGAAGCAGAUAAAGGGACUCCAAGUACAAAUCUGAAAAAUGGCAGAGGAAAUGGGGAUAGAAAUGAGGGAGAAGUGAGAGUGGGACCAGAGAAUGGCAACAGUGGUGUCACUAGCAGCUGUCCUCAAGCUAAGUCUGAAAAGCCCAAACAAGAUGGUCAAGUCCUCAAGUCUGUGGAGAAGGAUAAAACAAGUUGUCUCAUUAAAGAUAAUAAUAUAACACACUCAAUUAAGGCAAAUGGCGUCCUGGAGAAGACGCCAACAAAAACCUGCAGUCCAACUCACGCAAACUUCGGCGACAAACUAGAAACCAUCCAGAGCCCCAAACUCAAACCUUACAAAAAUGGUAAUAUUGACAUGGACACAUGCAAAAUGAAUGGAAAAGGGCACCUGGAGUACGACGCUCACUGGCGUUGGGUGCAGUCGCAAGAAGACGUGACAUUUUUGUAAAAGAUUAAGUCAAGGCAGUUCUUGAGUCCUCCUCCUUCAGCAAAACCAAAAACAUUACAGGUUCCUAUCAAAGAGAAGAGGAACUGCUGUUUAAAGCGCACAUUUUGAGACUUUCCUCAGACAGCUUGGUCUUUCCUGGGAAUGCAAUAGCUUUCUGCAAAUAAUGAUGUCAGUAUUAUUGGUGAUGCACAUUACAGAAUUAAAAUCAUAUUUACCCCGACAGGGCUGCAUCAGUGACAAGUCCUGUCAGAGUUUUUCCCUCAGGGUCUUUUUUGACACACCCUGAUUGUGUUUUUAAUUUUCCUUUACAUUUUUUUGAGAAUCAAGCACAUUCAAAUGCCAGAGAGCUGACUCAUGAAUGCAGAUUGUUUAAACUUAAUACAUUAGUUUGAAAAUUGAUCCAUUAUUCCUGAUUUCAAUCUUUAAAAUACUAUAUAUUGCACUUAUAUACUUGAUCCUUUGAUAAUCACUGACCUUUCAUUCGUGCUGUAAAUUCCUUGUGCCCUUACUGGCAGUGAUUUCCCAAAUGUCAAAAUGUUUAUGGAAUCAAAUACAUUGUCAUUCUCAGUAUGAACUGUGGUCAUUUGGAGGGGAUGAAGUUGCUGCAUGCUUAUCAAACAGACAGGAAGUACACUUUAAAAUGGAAUGUAUCAAAAUCUUUACUUGGACCUAAGGGUGGACUCCUGACACCUGGCUGUUGGAAAUGACAGCUCUGUAGCCAGAAGUAUUGCAUUAAACGCCCAAUUUGUUUUACUCUCGCUGAAAUUCCAAAAGAAACAUAUUUUUUAGGCAUAUUUAUGAAACUAUAAGUACUGUGUUAUAGAAAAGCAUUAUACGAGAAAAAUAUAACCAAUGAAAGUAGUUUUCGCAAAUUGUGGAUUUAAAAAAUAUCCAGACCAACAAAAUAACAGCAGGAAGACAAAACUCAAAAAUCGAUAAAUGUUUAUCGUAUAAAAAUAUUGUUUUUCAGCUAACUGCAAUAUUGUGUAUUCAAUGAAUCUGUUUGCAGCUUCUCUGUCUGUCUAGUUGUCACUGGUUGUAUGCAAUUGCUAAAUAUGGCUGGAUCUCUUUCUUCCUCUUUAACAUUUGUAAAGUCCUGCUUGACUUUGAUUUCAUACUGAAGUUGUGCCUGAUUAUUAUAAACCUUAAGCACCACAA